AUGGUGAGACGAGCUAUUGACAUGAAGUUUCUUACUGCCAUCAUUAUUCUCUUGACUAUUCAUGAAGUUUUUGGGCAAGAAAUCAUUGAAAGAAUAUUUGAUGGUUCGCAAGCACCUGCUGAUGCUUUUCCUUGGAUGGUUUCAGUACGUUUUCAUGAUUCACAGGGAACAAACCGAAUAUUACCUAUUUGUGGUGGUUCGAUUGUCUCUGAAAUAUUUGUACUUACUGCUGCCAGCUGUUUUUAUGGUGCUCACAUAAAUGGUUUUAACCUAUUUUCAAUCGAAGCUGGUGUACAUAAUAUUUUUAAUGAAAGUGAGGGACUGGAACAAGUUCGUUCGAUAUCUCACAUUAUUGCACAUCCAAAUUAUAGUGCUAUUCGUUAUCUCAAUGAUCUGGCACUUGUACGUGUCUCAUCCGCAUUCAAUAUGAAAGCAUUAAAUUUAGAUACUAUUUCAUUAUCAAAUUUAACAUCACUCGAAGACAUGAAUCUUACGACAAUAGGAUGGGGUAUUUUGAAUCAAUCAAACCCAACAGUAGCAGCAACAUUCUUACAAGAAGUAAUUGUGCAAGAAAAUGUUGAAUGUACCAAAAACAAAGCGAUUAAUGCAACAACACAAUUAUGUGCAACAGGAACAUGUUUACGUGACAGUGGUGGGCCCUUGAUGGUCUUUUCCAAUGAUAGUCAACAAUAUGAAUUAGUUGGUAUUACAAGUUUUCGUAAUGAAUGUACUACAGAAGGUCUAUUUACAAGAGUGGCACCUUUUGUUAAUUGGAUAUUAACUACACUAAACAAUCCACCACCAACACCUCCACCAAUAACAACAACUACUACAACCACUACAACAACCGGUCGACCAAUCCCAUUUAAUUGCAACACAAGCUACUCAUGUGGAUGUUCACCUAUACCAGUUGUCUUUCAUGAUGGACCUGUUUUUUCUAGUCGUCUUCAUAAUCAAGGACGCAUUGUCGGUGGUGAAACAGCUCAAGCACAUAGUUGGCCAUGGAUUGUAUCCAUUCGAGCUUUACUUGGACACACGUGUGGUGGAUCUCUUAUUAAUAAUGAAUGGGUAUUAACCGCUGCUCAUUGUCCACUUCUUAUGAUUGCUGAAGUUCAUAUCGGUGUUCAUGAUAGAUUAUCAGCUUCACCUCAGAUUCGCAAGGUUGCUAAAGUAAUUCAACAUCCAAAUUUUAGUGCUGACUCGAGAUUUAUCAAUGAUAUUGCUCUCCUUCGUCUUUCAUCGCCAGUCGAUCUUACAGUAUCCGAUAAUCGUGCUGGUAUUACUUGUUUACCACCACAGUCAGCUGAUCUCAACUAUCCAGAAGCUGGCAAGCUUUUAGCAGUCGCUGGAUGGGGUAGAUUAACUGAGAAUGGUACUCUACCUAGAGAAUUACAACAAGUUCGUGUAAUGGCAUUGACUAAUGAUGAUCCGCGAUGUAUCAGAACAAGUUAUGAUAAAGAACGACAAUUCUGUGCUAUGGUUGACGGUGGUGGAAAAGAUUCAUGUCAAGGUGAUAGUGGUGGUCCGAUUCAUCAAUGGUUAGGUGAUCAUUGGGAACAAGUUGGUAUUGUGAGUUUUGGUAUAGGUUGUGCUCUUGAAAAUCAACCUGGUAUAUACACUCGUUUAUCGAUGUAUCAUGAUUGGAUUCAAGCAACUAUUAAUCAAAGCGAUACAAUAACGAGCACUUCUUCAACAUCCAUAUUACCAUCAACAGCUUCACCAACAACAACACCAGUGCUGCCAAUAACAUCAACAGUAAUACUACCAUCAACAUCAACAGCAAUACCACCGUUGACAUCAACAGCAAAACUCUCAUCAACAUCAACAACAGUACCACCAUCAACAACAAUGUUAACAUCAACAACAGUACCACCAUCAACAACAAUGUUAACAUCAACAUCAUCACCUAAAUUCUCAUCAACACCAAAACCUGUUAUUGAUGAUACAACAACCACUGCCAAUAACAAUGGUAUUGUCGUUGAAUCGAAAUUGUGUCUUGUUCUAAUGAUUUAUAUACUGCUGAAGUUCUUUCUAAUUUAUUAA